AUGGUUUGGCAGGAAAACGUCAAAGAUAUUCUAAUGUUGGCCAAUAUCUACGAAAACGGAAAGAAAAAAGUCGAAAAAUAUUGGCCAGAUAUAAACGAGGAGAAAUCCUACGGUUUGAUCAAAGUACACUUCGUCAGCGAAAGCGUUUUCUCCAAUUUCAUCUUGAGGACCUUCAAUUGCUGUUUCGGCAACCAGGAGAGAAAGAUUAAUCAAAUGCACUACACCACUUGGCCCGAUCACGGCGUACCGCUCUAUUCUCAAAGCCUAGUACCCUACUUACAAAGGCUAUUGAAAAUCCCCCACAGCUCACAAGCGCCCAUAAUAGUCCACUGUAGCGCAGGCGUCGGUCGUACCGGUACCAUCAUCCUCAGCGACAUCUGCCUGCGAAUGGCAGCAGGCGAAGGCCAUUUGGACUUUCUCGCCCAUUUGGAGAACCUGCGCAACCAACGGGCCAAUCUGGUCGAUAAUUUAGAGCAGUACAAACUGGCCCAUUUGGUGGUACUCGAAUGUUUGUUCGGCAUGCGCACGUCGAUCGUUUGCAACGAUGAGAUGAGAACCGCCGUGGAGGCGAUCCUUCGAAAUGAUGGUGUCGAAAUGCAGAUGAAGUAUAUUUUGGAGACCCAAUGGCAGGAUAAGGCGAUGGAAACGAUGCUGGAACUCGAUCGGGUGGCUCCCGUUUAUCACGAGAAAAAUAGGUUUAAUGAUAUCGUACCAGAAAAAUACCGGGUGUUCAUCAGCAGGUAUCCUCAAUUAGACGAGAAAUCGUCGUACAUCAACGCAGUGUUGGUGGAUGAUUUCAGCAGCCCCGGUAGAUACAUCGUCACUCAACAGCCUCUCCCGAACACUCUGGGGGAUUUCUGGAGGCUGGUGUUGGAGCGAUCGUGCUCCGUUAUCAUUUCCCUAAACACGGUGGAUCUAACGGAUGAGACCGUCUGCAAAAUUUGGCCCGAAGCCGAUGAGGUACUCACCCCGGUGGAUUUCAUCAGAAUAACGCACAAGUACACCAAAAAUUUGCUCUUCUACAAAAUCGUCACGGUGCAAUUGGAGGUGAAAAAGACGAAACAUUUUUCGGGAUUCGAGGAAUCCUCGAGCGAAGUUACUAUCCUCGCUCUAAAUACUUGGAGCUCCAAAGAUUCGUUACCGAACAGCAUCGAAGAAUUUUUGACCUUCAGAGAUGCUUCGGAUAUCCUGGCGAGACCUGCCGAACAUGUUAUUGUAACCUGCUACGAUGGUGCUAGAGCUUGCGGUUUGUUCGUUGCGCUGUCGUUUAUAAUAGAGCAGAUGAAAUUAGAGCAGGAAUGCGACGUUUGUUUGGCUGUGAGAAGCGUGAGACACAGUAGAAAACAAUUUGUCGAAACUGAAGAGCAGUAUGAAUUUUUGUACAGAGCUGCGGUGACUUUCAUUACGGGUUUUCAGCAGUAUUCGAAUUUUACUUGA